AUGGCUGAGAGUAUAAUAAAAAGCACAGAUCUAAUAGAUAUAGUGGAUAAGGAAGAAGUGUUAAACGAUCCUACUACAUCCAUGAAUAAGAAAGAAAAUAUUGAGAAGCAAGAUAUUUCUAACGAAAAUCAAUUAGAAGUAAAUAAUUCUUGCGAAGAGAAAUUAAAAAUAAUUGGUGCUGCUGAAGUAAAAGAUCAAAAGUUAUGUACAGAUGUUGAGUAUUCAAGUAAAACUGAAAAUACUGUAUCUGAAAAUGAAACACACCCAAAAGAAGGCAUAACGACAAAUGCAAGAUUGAGCGAAACAGGUAGUGAAGAAAAAUCUAAGAAAAUGGAUAAUUCAUCUACGAAAGUAAAAGAUAUGAAGAAUACUAUUUCAGAAGAAGAGGAGACAUUAAAUGAAAUAUUGAAAGUAGUACAUGAAAAUGUAAGUUCAACAGAGGUUCGACAAUCCACUAUGCAAUCCAAAAAUUUAGAACAAGAGAAGAAAAAUAAUAUUGAAGAACCUAAAGUGAUGACAGAUGGAGACUUAAGAACAGAAAAUAUAAUGGAAACUGUAAAUGACAAAAUAAACGUUCUUGCAGAAACUGAAGUUGUAACAUCUAGAAGAGAUACUAAAAUAAAACAGUCUAUAGAAACUGUAGAUCAUAUGGAAGUUGGAAUUGUAGGGCCUCCUACAAUUGUUAGUGAACUUAUUAAUGAAGAAGAAUUAAGAGCAGAAUCUGCAUUAUCGACAGAUCAAAAAGUUCAAGAUCAUAUAGCAGAAUGGGUUCAAAAUUCUGCUAAAGUUGAAGAGUUGGUUAUUGAAGAAGAAAAAACUCCUAUUCGUGAUGGUCGGCAGGAGAAAAAUUUUAGAGAGAAGAGGACCAGAAAGAAGAAAAGUAACGAUGUCCUUGCUUUACCUACCAGGAAAUCUCAGAGAAUUGUCAGCAACAUCAUCAAAAAGAGUAUUAAAUGCUUGAACAAGAUGCACGCAAUGGAAGGUGCGGCUGGAAAUGGGAAGAAGGUGGAUUCAGCCGAGAAGACGAGGGAAGACGAGUCAUCGAGGGCUUCACCUAAGGUUCCUCAAAAUCAGCAGAACGGAGCUGCUCUUCCGGAGGAAACCGCCGCCGCUCCAGCAUCCACUGUCGAAUGUCUACGGUCUGCCUCUAUAAAGAAGGAGCCUCUCUGUGAUUCGGAACCGGAAGUGACAGGGAAGAGCCUGUCCUCCGGGGAGACGGCGCAACAGAAGCCGGUAUCGUCGCGUUGCUCAAAGUCAGAAACUGUGGGUGGUAGGAAGCGAAAGUCUACGGACGGACAGUUAUCCUCGAAUGGGAAUUCCACCCCGAAAAAGUUCUGUUUAGAGCAGAGGGAACAAUAUAUCUCAUCCCUCGUCGGCUGUGAAAAAGUUACGGCGGAGGAACUUGCUGCGAGGGCUGAUCAACUUCGAGCGGAAGUUCAGGCCUUGGACGAGCUAGCACGUGCCAAAGAAAUGGAAUGGAACGAAAUCUUAAGCAUGAGAAAGCUGAAGGAGGAAGCGUACCUGAGAAUUGAAAGAAAACGGCAAGUUAUGGGAUUCAUGGAGGGUAAUGGACAAUUAGCGGAUAUGUUGCCACCGGCGAGCUUAACAUUGGGCAAUGAUUGGGAAAGCAGCGGUAACACCACUCCCAUAUCUAAAGAAAAGUUGAGCUUCGGCUCCAAAGAGGAUUUGCCCGAAGAAAGCUCUCAGGACUCACCGGCUUUCAAAAAGGAAAAGCCCACGAAGCAAACGUCACAGCGCCAGUCGACGCCACCCAAACAAGGUGGAGAAAAUGGCCGGAAACAGGUGGAGGUGCUUAGUCCGGAGAACAGACAAAUCGGCGAAGGUCGCCAAGGCGCUAUUGUCGACGUUAGAUCUAUCAUUGCUGAUUACAGGCUAAGGCACCCUGAAACGGUACCGCGCAGGGGUCGCAGAAUGAGAAAUUCGGUGAAUGUCGGCCUUGGAGCUGGUGGAGCUAUGGUCGAAACAGGACAUAGUGUUGAUUCAAGGCCAUCUAGUACAGACUCUUGUAAAAGCAACUCGAACACAGUAGAUCCCAAUAAUUCCAUGAGCUUUAAGGACGUGCUUGUGCAGUUUGCCAAAUUAAGUCAACAACAAGGGGAACCUGUAAAAACGCCACAAAAUUAUCCAGAUGUAACGCUUCACCCCGUUGCACCAUCUCCAGCACCUCAAAAUACCCCACCUCAACAGAGUGGUUCGUUGCUUCAUGGAAUUCUCACGAAAUCUCAAUCUCCAAGACCGACUACUUUUUCACCUACUUUAGCUAGAUUACUCACCGCACCUGAAAGAGAAAGGAAUGCACCAACCACCGCAUCCAUGCCACAGCAAAGUGCGGCAACCCAGCACCUUUUGCAGACAUAUCAAGGCUCUAAUCCUGUUUCUAUCAGUGACCUCCUAUCUUCUUCCAAGGCUCGAACUGAAAUAACAAUAACACCAGUCAUCAACACUCCAGUUCAGUCUCACGUAGACGAUGUUGAAGAAGAAUCAGCAGUAAUGGAAGACAGAGAAACUCGUAUUUCUUCUGGCGUCAGGGAUAGCAGAGAGGAUAGGGACAGCCCUCCGCGAUGCCAAGGAUGCCAUGAACGUGUAGCACAAUUUGUAUGUGCUGGCUGUGGUCAUCAAUGGUAUUGCAGCCGCGAAUGCCAAGUUGCAGCGUGGGACGAACACUCAGAAGUGUGUUCGGGUUAAGGAACGAGCACGUAUUAAUCUAAACCUCGUACUCGCGGU